CGUACUUCGGAGCAAACGCUCAAGCCAGAGACAAUACCAGCAAGACCACAACUUAGCAUCGAAACCAUUAGCACUGGACUUCACAUGUCAGCAUCACCAUAAAUCCUGCGCUCUUCGUGUUCCCGGUUCAAAAUGGAGGACGCAGAUGUCACCAACGACAUCGUGCACCCGCAUGUCCGGGCACACAUCAACAGUUUGGUGUCUGCGCUCGGCGGCUACAGUAUAGACGACGAUGGAGGCUACAAGCUCGGAGAUGACGCCCUCGAGGUGCUGCGCGACCUCAAGAGAUGGAUCCGCUUCCACGACGAAAAGACGAACCGCAUGGACGUCGCCCGUUGUCUGGCUGAAGCAAACAUUGUCGGGUCCGAUCUCUUGCAUAUCCUGGCCAUGUGGCCCCCAAACGACAGCGGCAGCAAGUACAGGGCAAAGGUCGCUCUGGCCUGCCUCGAAGUCAUGGUGCCGCUCACUUGGCCCAUCGAGAAAGACCACGAAGCCAUGACCAUCAACCAUCACCGCAACAUACCCGUGCUGCAGCUCGCUCAGCUGGCCUACAAACGCGCCAUUCUCAACUUCGAUGCUGCCCCAAUUCUCGGUACUGCCAUCAGGUUGGCCCUUCCCUCCAUGGCUCUGUCCAACGGGGACCGAUCACCUCGCAACCAGGGCAUCAUCAAACUGGUCCUGUACUUUCUGCGCAACAUCACCAUGAUUACACCGCCUCCAGGGGUCAAGUACAACGGGGACGAGACCCAAGUCUCCCGGUCGACUCUCAUAGAUGCCUUCUCUUUUCAGGACGUCUUCGUGUUCCUCGAGACCAUCGCUUCCAACAUGGGCGAUGACUUUCGGCUUGAGGACGUCAUUGUCAUGGAAAUUGUCUUCCACCUCGUCAAGCGCGUCGACUCUAGCAAGCUAUUUUUGAGCGAGAAACACUUGCACCAGAUCAAGGCCGACGAGCUCACCGCUGCCAUGCAAAAAGAGGCUGCCAUGUUGAGAUCGUACGGCAAGCACGCGCCCACCCGCCACAGCCGCUUCGGCACUACCACCUGGGUCAAGUGGGCGAGCGGGAAACUCUCCACCGUCUCGGGCCAGGACGGCCUGCUGGACGCCGCGGCCCGCGAGAGGAAGAUGGACAGCAAUAAGAGCUUCAGGCCACCGAGGCGAGCCAGGAAAGAAGACAUGGAGCCCAAGAAUCUGGGCCCUCCGGUGACAUUGGAUGAGAGAGCCCGCCAACAGCUCGGGUCAUUCGUCUCGGAAUUCCUCGACUCUUGCUUCAACCCUCUAUUCGCCCAUGUGAGGAAGUCCCUCGAGCGCGAGGCGCCACACGUGUUACAGUACCACCACAGCCAAUUCUUCUACCUGGUAGCCUGGUUCCUCGAGGCAGAGCGGAUGCGCAGCAACAGGAGAAAAUCCGACUCCAACCAACACUCGGAUGGAGACGAGGUGAGAAGCUUUAACCUCAUCGCCGAGGUGCUUACCCAGGAGAUGUUUAUCACCAUGAACCGGGCUUUGGACCGGGCCUACGGAGACAAAGAUUGGCCGCUGUUGACUACCGUCAUGCGCUCUUUUACCCAGAUCCUCCUGACCGUCCAGGAAAUGGCCGACUCCGGCAACGAAGAAGACCAGGAGAUUGCCGACAACAUCCUAAGUCGGCUGUUCUACGAAGAGACGACACACGACGCGAUAGCAAACAUUGUCCGCACGUACAAGGAUCAGGGCUUCGAAUACCUCGACGCCUGUACCGAACUUACGCAUACAUUUCUCCGCAUUCUCGAAGCUUAUUCGAAACAAAAUGUCGACCUGCAAAUCCGCUCUCGCAAAAGGACACGGCGGAAGAAAAGGGCGGCCAAGGCCGCUGCAGAUGUGGGUGGAGAUGAAGAUCAGCCAGACGCAGAAGAUGACUCGGCAGACGACGAGAGGCAGGCCGAGAAGACCAGCCAAGAGAGGAAGUUUGACUUCAAACGAUUUGCCAUGAGGUUCAUCCCCCAAGGUGUGGUUGACACAUUCGUCAGCUUCACGGCAUAUUACCGGGAUCUUAACGACUCCCAGCUGAAGCGAGCCCACCGAUACUUCCACCGCAUUGCCUUCAAGCAAGAAAUGAGCGUCAUGCUGUUCCGCUUGGACAUCAUCCACCUCUUCUAUAACAUGAUCAAGGGCCCGGAGCCCCUCGACAUUAAGUGCUCCGUGUACAAGGACUGGGAAGAUCUUGUCAGGCAUAUUAUUAGGAAAUGCGUACGGAAGCUGGAAGAUCGGCCAGCCUUGUUCACUGAGCUGCUGUUCUCCAAGAUCAACAGCACCGCUCACUACCUGGAGUACGGCCAUGAGAAGCAAACCAUCUCCAGCAACCCAAGACCAGGCGCCGAGCUCGAAUUCAAACGCGAACUUGAGCGCGACCAACAAAUCGCCAUUGUUGUUGGCGUCUUGCUCGACAGAAACCAGACCGAUCACCUAGAGUGGGUAAAGAAGCAGCUUUCCGAAGCCGAGAGUGAGCGGCGCGCUUGGCAGAACGCCGAGAAGGCGCUGGAAGCGGAGAGGCCGGCUGGUGAAGCAGCAGACGAGUCAGCCGAGCCCAGCACGGCGAAGAUCGCUCCUCACGCCACCAUGCGCCCAGACAACGACGCCCGCCGCACCGCCAUGUUCAAGAACCCCCAUCUUCGUCUUCUCAUGAAACUGGUCGGAAUGGAGCGCCUUGCUCCAACCCUCGACGAAUCCCCCGACUCGAUAUGGAUCAUUCCCGGUACUGUCACAGCCGACGCCCUGAAGGAGACCAUCUCCCUCGUCAACAAAGCCGAGUUCACCCCACCGACCUUUGAAGACGGCGAGCUCGCCGAAGACCAACUCCGCCGCAAAUCCGCGCCGCGCAAGCGUGCCGCCUACGACGACGACGACCACAACGACAACAUAGACGACCUCAUCAACGACGGUUCCGACGACGACGACACCGGUAUCCUUUUUCCCGCAGGCGGCCCGACGACGCGCAAGCGCACGGCCGAGGACGAACCACCCAAGAAGCGCAGACAGCGAAGGCGCCGCCGCGAGGGCAACGCGGACCCGACCGAAGAGCAACUCGAGGCCGAGAAGCAGGCGAAGCGCAAGAGGGAUCUUGAGAAGAGGCGCAAGGUCAAGAGCGAGAUGUACGUUGAUCUGCGCGAGGACGACUCGGACUGGGAGGGGAACAGAGAGCGGGAUGCGCUCUUCUUCGCCAGGGAGCGCGAGAGGCAGGCGGCCAAGGACGCGAGCUUUGGGCUGAGCUCGAAGCCGUCGGGCGUGGAGAGGUCGACAUGGGAGGAGUUGCUCGGCGUUGGUGACGAUGACAUGGAGGAUGGUGAUCGUACGGUGAUAGGGAAGGGGAAGCAGGCGCGGGGGACGAGGAAGAGGAAGUCUGAUGCUGCCCUUGCUGAGAGCAGUGACGACGGUGAGGAAAGUGGCACAGCUGCUAGUGACAGUGGGCCAUCAUCCUCAGCGAGGAGGACAAUCAAGAGGAGGAGAGCAGCGCCAAAGCCGAAAGUGGUUGAAGUUAGUAGCGAUGACGAGGAGCCAGACGAAGAGCAGAUGGAUGAGAAGGAUGAUGCUAUGGAAUUCACCCAGUCCGGUAAGGACGGGGCCGUUACGGACGACACUCCGUUGUCCUCGCACCCUAGCCCGGCAGCCAACGCGGCCGCUGAGAAGAAGUCCACAGAGACAGGGGAAAGCGAUGAUGAGGAUGAUGACAUACCUGUUGCCAAGACGGCAGCCAGGGCUCGGCCAAGGGCGCGAGCGGGGUUCAUUGUCGAGAGUAGCGAUGAGGAGUGAUGGUUCUGCGGGGGAUGGGGUAUCAAUGAUUGGAUGGAAUUGCAUGAAGUUUGUUUGUAAUGUUGUUAUGGAUUAAGGGGUAGCAUGGCGUUUGGCGUAAUGAAGGACUCUGUAGUAAGGCUAGCAGAUACGUCAUAGAGGGAUUUGGAAUUAACGGAUGUGCAAGCCACAGAGCUAUAAAAUGUGUUUAGCCCUUUGCCAAUGCACGUUGCUGAGUCCGUCCCUCUUGUUUUCUCACGCCAGCCUGCAUUCUGCGGGGAGCUAGGGAGGAGAUGGGACCUAAUGGAGCGUUUGGCUCGUUUUAAACCCUGCUUUGUUG